AUGGCAGACAUCAAUCCACUGCCGGGCAAGACCUUUGUAGUCGAGCAUUUGGAUCCAGAGCUCGAGGCAUGGUCGUCGCUCGAGUACUCGGCCAUUGCGUCUGAGUGCCACGCUACUGGUGCUCAAUUUUUGCUGUCUUCAGUCCCCACCUCGCUGAAGCUGCCGACCAACCUGCAAGGAGCAAAAGGCCUGAACGUUGAAACAAGAGGCAUCGAGGACAUCUACGCUGCUGAGAAGGACAAAGUAUGCCUACUCGACCCCUCCGCCUCCAAGGACCUUAGCCCAGAGGACGGUGAUGCCUUCGACAUCUUCCUGUUCGGCGGCAUCCUCGGCGACGAUCCUCCCCGAGACCGGACCUCCGAGCUGCGCAAGAAGGGCUAUCAGGGCCGCCGACUGGGACCUGUUCAAAUGACAACAGACACUGCUGUGCGUGUCACGAGGAUUGUGGUCCAGGGUAGAAUUCCUGUCGAUGAGGUCCCUUAUCUCGACCACCCCGAGCUCAAGAUCAAUAACAACGAAAGUACGCAGAUGCCUUUCCGAUACGUCAAGGGCGAGGAUGGGCGUCCGAUCAUGCCGGAGGGCAUGGUCGACUUGAUUAUCAAAGACUCCGCAAAGGGACUUGACGACCUCUUGUGA